AUGCGCGGCUUCUGUCCAGAGAGGAGAAUCUCCGCCACCAGCUCGCAGAAUCCGGUCCGGUACAGAACAGCAUCUCUAUCCGCCCUCAGAGCUCUACGGGACGUGAUGGAGCCCCGGGUCGCGCUCGGCUCGUCUGCUCGGUUCUGCUGCUCUUCUGGGUCUCCCGGAACCGGUGCCGCCGUCUGCAGUGAGCAGCAGUUCAGCUGUGGGAACGGGAAGUGCAUCACGAGCCAGUGGGUGUGUGACGACGCAGACGACUGUGGAGACGGGAGCGACGAGCUGCCAGAGGCCUGCAGACAGAAGACGUGUGUGUCGGGUCAGUUCAGCUGUGGUGACCGGCUGAAUCAGUGUGUGUCCUCCAGGUGGCGCUGUGAUGGGAAGUCUGACUGUGAGAACGGCGCCGACGAGCAGAACUGCGCGCAGAAGAACUGCAGCGCUGAGGAGUUCCGCUGCGGCAGCGGCCAGUGUGUGUGUCGCUCUCCCUUCGUGUGUGACGGCGACGGCGACUGCAGCGACGGCAGUGAUGAGGCAGCGUGUCCCACACACACACACACCUGCGGCCCCGCGGCGUUCCAGUGCAGCAGCCCAGCGGUGUGUGUGCCGCAGCUGUGGGCCUGCGACGGGGACACCGACUGCGCAGACGGGUCAGACGAGUGGCCGCAGCACUGCGGGGGGGCGAGAGCGCGGGUCUGCCCAGAGCAGCAGAUGCAGUGCCGCAGCGGCGAGUGUGUGCCCGACAGCUGGAGGUGCGACGGCGCAUUCGACUGCAGCGACCGCUCCGACGAGGACAACUGCACUGCGCACACCUGCCGGCCGGAUGAGUUCCUCUGUGGAGACGGCGGCUGUGUGCCGGGGCUGCGGCAGUGUGACGGACACCCUGACUGUGGAGACCGCAGCGACGAGCUGGACUGCACCCCUGUGAGUGUGUGUGAUGCGCCGAGCAGAUUUAAGUGCAGCAGUGGUGAAUGCAUCAGCGCAGAGCGUGUGUGUGACGGUCAGAGAGACUGCGGAGACGCAUCAGACGAGCCAAUCAGAGACUGCAACGUGAAUGAGUGCCUCAGCAGUAACGGCGGCUGCUCUCACCUGUGCACUGACCUGCGGCUCGGGUUCGAGUGCUCGUGUCCUGCAGGGUUUCGUCUGGCCAAUCACACACACUGUGAAGAUGUGGACGAGUGUGUGGACGCAGACGCCUGCUCUCAGAUGUGUGUGAACCUGCCGGGCAGCUAUAAGUGUGUGUGUGCGGAGGGAUACGAGCUGGAUCACAUGACCAGAGACUGCAGAGCGGCUACAGGCCCUGAGGCGUUCCUGCUGUUCAGUACACGGCAUGAGGUGCGUAAGCUGGCUCUGGGCAGCAGGGAGUACAGCGCUGUGCUCCGCCAGCAGAAGAACGUGGUGGCGCUGGAUGUGGACGUGCAGAGAGACACACUCUACUGGACCGACCUCAGCCAGAGGAAGAUCUACAGCACGACGGCUUCUGACCCCACCCAGCACCGCACUGUGAUUGACAGCUGGAUCUCGCGGCCGGAGGGUCUGGCGGUGGACUGGAUCCACAGGAACAUCUACUGGACGGACAGCGAGCAGCACAGCGUCUCCGUGGCGACAGCAGACGGCAGCAAGCACAGAACCCUGAUCCACGGCCUGCAGAACCCGCGCGCCAUCGUGCUGGACCCGCAGAGCAACUUUAUGUUCUGGUCAGACUGGGGUGUGUCAGCGCGGAUCGAGCGCUGUGGGCUAAACGGUGCUGACCGCAUGGCUCUCGUCACAGACAACAUCGUGUGGCCGAACGGCAUCGCGCUCGAUGUGCUGGGCCGCCGGCUGUACUGGGUGGACUCUAAGCUACACACACUCUCCAGCAUCGGCAUGGACGGAAACGGACGACACACACUGAUCCACGAUCAGCAGACGCUGCCGCACCCGCUGGCGCUGGCUGUGUUCGAGGAGAAGGUCUUCUGGACUGACGUGUCCAAUCACGGCAUCUGGAGCGCCAACCGCCUGACGGGCCACGAGAUCAGCGCCGUGCUGGAACACCUGCAGUCACCUGAGGACAUCGUGCUGUACCACAGCCUGACACAGCCCAGCGGGCGGGACUGGUGCAGGGAGUCGGCUCUGCUGAACGGCGGCUGUGAGUUCCUGUGUCUGCCGGCGCCGGCCAUCAACACACACUCGCCCAAAUACACCUGUGUGUGUCCAGAUCACAAGACCCUGGCCGAGGACAUGAGGACGUGUGUGCCAGGUCUGAACACCACAGCAGCAACCGGACACACUGACCCGUCACCCACAGCAACCACAGCCACACCCACAAGAGCCAGAGCCACGCCCACCAGAGCAGCAGCCGUGACGUUUGAGCAGCGGAGUGGAGACGCGCGCAGGGGGGUCAGUGAGCAGCUCGAGCCGGUCUCCAGUCCUUCCCAGCAUCCCACAGUGCUGUACAUCGCUCUUCCCAUUGUUGCAGUGUGUGUGCUGGCUCUCACCGCGGUGCUGAUCUGGAGACAGUGGCGAC